AUGACUUCUGCUGUAUUCCUGGUUAUCCUGUGCAUAAGAAUUAUGUCAGGUGCUUCAGCACAUGAUCCCAGUUUGGAUGCUGAAUGGGAGGAAUGGAAGAUGGAUUAUGAAAAAUCAUACAGCCUGGAGGAAGAAGCAAUGAGGAGAAGAGUAUGGGAAAAAAACUUGAAAAUUAUUAAAGAUCACAAUGGGGAGAAUGGUCUGGGGAACAAGGGCUACACCAUGGAAAUGAACAGCUUUGGUGACAUGACUGGUGAAGAAUUCAAGGACAUGAUGGUUAAUUUCCCCAUUCAACCGCACAAUAAGAGGAAAAGCAUUUGGAAAUGUGCUCUUGGUGGUAUUGGUUUACCCAGAUUUGUGGAUUGGCGAAAGAAAGGCUACAUGACUCCUGUGUGGAAUCAGGGUAAAUGUGGUUUAUGUUGGGCUUUUACUGUAGCUGGUGCCAUAGAAGGACAAAUGUACCACAAAACAGGCAAAGUCACACCCCUGAGUGUGCAGAACCUAGUGGACUGUUCUAAACCUCAUGGCAAUAAUGGCUAUGCUUUGGGUAAUACAUACAAUGCUUCUCAGUAUGUUUUGCACAAUGGAGGUGUAGAGGCUGAGGCAACUUACCCAUAUGAAAGAAAAUUAUAUCAUUUCAGUGAUUGUGGAAAUAAUUCUCCUAUUGCUGGUGGCAGUGGUCACUGUAUUUAUCAUGAGCCAAACUGCAGCAGCUCUGUUGUGAAUCAUGCAGUUCUUGUGGUUGACUAUGGAUAUGAAGGAGAUGAAAUGGAUGGCAAUAACUACUGGCUGAUCAAGAACACGUAUAAGUUGCCAAAUUUACAUUUGAAAUUCCAGAGGAUAGACAGAUUAAAACUAGGUAUCAAUAACAGUGGAAACAUCAGAGAGCUUACAAACUCAUGGAAACAAAACAAGUUACUACCGAAUGAAAAAUGGAUUAAGACUGAAAUUGAAAAAGAUGAUAAAGACUAUCUAGAAUUCAAUGGAACAAAAAGAAUACACAAGAUAUCCAAUGUCAUGGAACAAAAUAAACUGUUCUAA